GUCGCUGUCGCCGCUAGCCGCCCCACGCCGGCGGAGGCCCUGCGGCUCCGGGAGGUGCUGUCGCGGCUCAGCCUGGCCCGCAAGGACGUGUCCGACGCGGCGACGCUGGUGAARAAGGUGGUCACUCCCCUGGUGCAGGCCAUCCGGAGCAAGGACAGCGUCUUCAGCUCCAUCGAGCCGCACAGCGCCGGCAGCUACUACGAGCGCGUCAAGAUAUCUAAACCAAAUGAGUUUGACAUCAUGUUUGUAAUGCCUGUUCAAAGGAUUCAGCUGGAAGAGUCUGAUGAUACUGGAGCCUAUUAUUAUGUAUCAUUCAAAAGAAAUCCAAAAGAAAAGGGUUUGUUGAAGUUUGUAGAAGAAGAUGAAAAAUUAUCAGCCUUUAAAAUGCUUGAAGAACUAAGAAAAAUUAUUAAACAAGAAGUAAAAAACAUUAAAGAUGAGGAAGUCACUGUGGCAAGGAAAAAGACUGGAAGUCCUGCAAUAACUCUUCAGAUCAAAAAUCCUCCAUCAGAAAUAUCAGUGGACAUCAUCUUGACUUUGAAGGUUCAGCAGAGCUGGCCCCUCAGCACACAGGACGGCCUCAGAAUUAAAGAGUGGCUGGGAACAAAAGCCAGGAGACGUUUUACAUUUAGUUCACUUUACUUAGUAGCCAAGCAAAACAAAAGAGAAAAAGUUCUAAGAGGAAACACCUGGCGAAUCUCUUUCUCACAUAUUGAAAAGGACGUGAUAAACAACCAUGGCAACUCAAAGACAUGUUGUGAAUCCAAUGGACCAAAGUGCUGUAGGAAAGGUUGUCUUAAGCUGCUGAAGUAUCUUCUAGAGCAACUUAAAAUGAAAUAUUCAAAAGAAUUAGAAAAAUUCUGUUCGUAUCAUGUCAAAACUGCUUUUCUCCAUUCCUGUGUCAUAUGGCCAAAUGACUCAGACUGGCACCUGGCAGACCUGGAUCACUGCUUUCAGCGGUGUCUGGGAUUUUUUGUGGAUUGUCUGCAAAAGUCUCAGCUGCCUCACUUUUUUAUUCCCCAAUACAACUUAUUCAGCCUGGAAGAUAAAGCAAGACAUCAUUUCCUUUCAAGACAAAUAAGCCGCGAAUGGAACAACGGAUUCCCAGUAUUUCACGAGAAUUACUAAGAACAUUGYUCACAGGAGAUAUCUAAUUGUGCAGACUUGCAUAUUUAAAGCAUAUUCUUCAGUAGUCUGGUACUACAAAAACCAAAAGAACCCCAAAAUACAAUAAAGAACACUAAUAAAAAUGCAUAUUUCAGUCACCCUGCUUAGCCAUAACACUUAAAAUGUCUGAAGUAAUAUUUAUCUUGUCUAUCCAAAUGUAGAUGACACCUGCAAAAUACCUUCAGGGUAUACUAAAGAACAAGUAGAAGAAUUUGCAAGAGUUAAUUUCCCACAUGCAAUUUCUAUAUUUCCUAAUACAAAGGCAUCAAUGACUGCAUAAAGAGGAAAAUGACAAUUUUAUUUAAAAUUAAGAUUCACUGCAGACUAUCCAAAAUACACUCCUAUUUUCAAAAGAAGACAAAAAGUCACUGGAGUUACUUUGACAUUAACCAGAGCAACUUCUCCAGAUCACCUGGAUGAUGGAGGAUCUUUUGCAGUGGACAAUCAGCAGCAACAGCAGAGAGAUUUUAUCAAAGUAAUAKGAAGUUCCUGAAGUAACUUAAAAUCACUUUAGAAAUUAAUGGAUGGGAAGCAAUCAUUACCAUAAUAUGCUGCAACAGAGUACAUGUCACUGUGCUAAUGAACAUUUAUUGUAUGAUGAACCUUGUAGAAAGAAAUGCAUCUUUCAACCUGUAUCAGAGGAAGACUCUUGAUAUAAAAGGUUAUCAAAACCAAAAUGCAACAUGAAUCAGACACUCUUGACAUUGAAAUUCAUAUCCAUUUUAUCGUGUUAAAGAAAUGCAAAAAGUAAUUACAAUAUUUCCUAUUACAAAAAUUGGACAGAUGAGAAAUACACACAUUUGGGAACUGCUAUGCUGCAAGCAAAUAUAUCUUUUGCUUCUAGCAGAAGCCACGGGAAGUCUGUAUUUUUAGCCUACUUUUUCAAGGCAAGAUAACCUACUGGCUUGAAUAAUGCCCAGAUUUACCUAAAUUAUGAGCAAAUUAGGAGGGAAGAAUAUUUAGAGAGUAAUUUUGCUAAAAAAUUCUCAUUUUACUAAAUUUGUUUAUUAGUUUUUAUUUAAUCAUAUGAUGCAUAAAUAAACUCAAGUUCAGACCAAGCAUCAAAUGAAGAAAUAACUCCUUCGCAURUAAGUUUUAAAGAGUGAAAACAUCCCCAUUAUCACUGGCAGUCUAUGUGACAGAGCCUGACAUCCAAAUGUAAAGUGUGAAACAACUUUACUGGGAAGAAAUAAAGCUGAAUUUCAAAUGUAUUCUUUUCUCCAUGACUUCGCUAACAUUGCUCUGGUACCUUCCAGUUUAAUUCCUUAAGCUAGAAUAUUAGAUCCAUAAAAACAAGAGUAGAAGC